ACGUAACCUUGACACCUCACCCUUUGCACAAUACUUAAUAGUUCAUUCAAGCAAAAAUUGUCUCAGCAUCCCUCGAUGCAAGAACACAUAUAUAUACUUACACCUCACAACUCCACUAGCAUAUCAUAGUGUGCCUAUUCCCUACAAAAAUAGGAAAAUUGAGGCUUCUUCUUCUGAAGGUGUAUAACGCUCCUUUCUCAAGAACUUCUUCCAGAACAUAGUCUAGUUACGACUGCUUGCUGGAGAAGUCACUCACAAGCCCUAGAGUGCUACAUAUAUGAUAGCAGCUAUACGGGACUCAAGAAGCACAGUUAAACUCAUCUAACUGCAGGAGGCACAAGCAGACUUGGGCAGGCAAAUCUCUGGACAGAUAUUGUUAGGUGGUUAGAUGACAGUUUAUGUGAGUCAAUUUUGAAAUCUAUUGAUGUCCGGCAUUAGCUACUAAUCAUCGAUAUGCUCAUAAACUUCCAGACGAUUGAAACACUUAGCGUCAGCAUAGGCCAGAUGUGGUUUAGCAGUUAUGGAAGUUUUGGCUUAUGAGUUUUUAGGGUUUCAACCAAGAAAUAAAAGCGAUAGCAAGAAAUAAAGAAAAGUGAAAAAAUGAAAAGAAAAGAAAAUUGAACCAGCACGAAAUUAUCAUUAUUGGAUUCAUGCAAGAUAUGAGGCAUGCGGUGUUUUUAUCUGAUGAUAGACAUAUCUAUCAAGAGCCAAGAAUUCGCGUGGGUUUAUAGGAUCUCAUCAUCAUAAAAAAGGAUCUGGCAUUAUGCUUAGCAGCUCUUCUUCUUUGCGGUCAAGAGAGAGGCGAUGGUUGCAAAGCCAUGCGAGGGAUCAAGAUGGAGGUCUUCAGUCGAGAGUGCAGACCUCGAUAAAAAAGUUAAUGUUUCCUUCGUGAUGAUACAUGAAGGCCUCCAUAUGGUUGAGAUUGCAAGCCUUGAUAAAAAGUUAAUGUUUUUCUUUGUGCCUAACCAUAUUAUCCUCUCUCAGCACCAUAUGGUGCAUGCAGCUGCAUGCCAUAUCGGCACGGGGACUGCUAUCCAAGUUGGCAGACUGCGAAUAGCUAUGUAUGUGAUCUAAAGAUGCUGAGAAAGAAAUGUAGGCUAUGGUGGCCGGAGCAGCUGGUAUCUUCCCAACCCAACUCAAGUUUCUUAUUUGUUGGCUGGUAUAUAUGUUCCAUAAAUUCUCUUGACAUCAUUGUGGCUACAACAAUUUCUCCACAUGAGAUUUCACCUUGCCUUCUUCAAUCCAAUUUUCAGAUUCAGGAAAUCCUUCAUGCUGUAAAUGGAGCUAUGCCUCUGCGACUCCAAGAAUUGUCAACAAUCUCUGUUCUUGGACACUGCACUGCAGAUUGCACUGGUGAAGUUUUGAAAGUGAUGGGCAAUCAGAACAAUGAUUCUCCGAGGAAAAGCAAUAGUGAGCGACUACAGUGUCCUGGAGUGGAAGAAAAUUCUUCAUUAAAAACUCACAGUGAUGACAGGGUGAAUCAACAGUGCCAUCAGAAACUAUUUGCAGACACAACAGCUGAUGAAAAUUGUGCAAGAUGGAAUUGUGGUUGCAAGAAGCUAGAUCAAUUUACAGAGCAUCAGCGGCAGUCUUUUAUUAGAAAUGGUAACUGGAUUCAAGUACUUUGUAAAUCUGAAAGAAUGUUGUGCAAAGAGCCUAGAUGGAUCCCGGAGUUGCAUCACAUGCAUCUUAAUGGCGAGACAUUGUCAGCACAUGAUGUCCACCUUAUAAUAUAUGAGCUCCCAACCUAUGGUAGAAAUCAUUUUUCGUUGAGCUCUUGGGGUUCUUCUGAGCAUGUGGGAUCCUCAUUCAGGAAACCAAACUGGGUAAAUGAGCUAGACAAGAAACCAAUGCUUCUUGAUUUGGACUCAGUUGUGUUGGCACUUAACUGCACAAUGGCAGCUAAGGUACUGCUGGGGCAACGCAUGGGCACCUUUGAUCCUGUGAUCCACUUGUUUUGGAUAUCCACGUUGGUAUCCACAAUAUGGCAGACAAUGGCUGUUUUGGUGGCCUCAGUUGCCACUGUUAGAUACAUCUUACUUCAAUCGCUUUAUAGGUUUCUGAGUUAUGGAUCUGAAACAUUCUUCUUUAUCUUAUCCAAGAUGUUCGCUCACACGUGCAAGAACGUGCACAUACGCAGUUGUCAGUUCUUGUAUUGGCCGGUUAUUCUUCAAGGUACUGGUUUCAGUUCCCAAUCAAAUGUUGAAUAUGCACACAGAGCUGCAUUACGAAAGCACUUCAUGUGGUCUAAUGUUGCCAUGGAUGUUAUUUUUGGUAUUAUUAUUGGUCUGGCAUUGUUGGUUAAUGUUGAAGCUGUUUGCUUUUGGAUCUUGAUCGUGGUACGUGGCAUAACAGAUAAUCUGUUACGCUUGGGUUGUGUAUGGUUGAUGGGUGUUCCUGCAGGCUUCAAACUGAAUACUGAACUUGCAGAGCUUCUUGGCAUGAUUUCACUCAAUGCAAUUCAAAUUUUCUCUACCCUCUGUUUCUUUCUAAGUACUUAUCUCAGUUAUUUCGUCGAGGGGCUUGCAUUGUCCGGAAUUGUCUUCGGCCUGACCAUACCAGCUGCUUUGUGCAUAGACAUGCUAAAGCUUGCAACGUUGCAUGUUUUAACCCUUCAUUGGUUGAUAUCAUUUCUUUAUUCACAACAGAUCCAGGCUUUAGCAUCUUUGUGGCGCCUUUUCAGAGGGCGAAAAUGGAAUCCACUUCGGCAGAGGUUGGAUAGUUAUGAUUACACAGUUGAGCAGCAUGUUGUUGGUUCACUUCUUUUUACACCUCUCUUACUUCUUCUACCAACAACUUCUGUAUUCUACAUUUUUUUCACCAUGCUGAGUACCACCAUCACUUUCAUAUGCAUCAUGAUCGAGAUCGCUAUUUCUGUCCUCCAUGCUACUCCUUUUGCUGAAAUCUUACUAUGCAUGGCACGAAGAAGGAGAUUUCCCUCUGGAAUAUGGUUUGAAAUCAUAUCCAGUCCAACUGCCUGUACCUAUGCAGGUAAUGGACUGUCAGGUGAUCCUCAGUCAUCUGAUUUGGGUGCAAGGAAAACAGCUUGCUUCUUCAAGGGAGGACCAAAACCUUUGGUUUCACUUCUCCGUAGUAAUUAUGCUACAAUAGGUAAAAUUAUCGCACCACAUUACAGGAAUAUAUUCCGUGGGGUCCGGCCAUCAUUCGGCCCAUCAUUGGCAUAUGGAAUCCUCAGUGGUCAGAGAAUCCCAUCAACUUUGCAAACCAGUCUGCCUCCCAUAAUGCCCUGGAUGAACAUUAGCUUUCGCGAAUAUUGGAGGUUGUGCCGUGAUGCUGUGCUUUCAUUCAGAUUAUAAUGAUUAUUGCAGGCUAAAAUCUGCAACAUCCGACAGAAUCUUGACGUGACAAAGAUUUUGCACCGUGACUCCCGCCUACUCCAAUCUUUUCUAUUGGUUUUUCACAUGGAAGCUGCUGAUUAACUUUGAUUUUUUUUUUUAAAGCGUUGUUUUUGUCUUUUUAUUUUUGUUUUGCUGGUUGUGCGGGGGUGCACUCGUUCCAGAAAUUUCUGACAUCACAACUGGAAAUUUAAGAAACUAGCAAAUUUUUUAGUUUGCUCAAGUAUUUGUUUUUAUUUGUUUGUGGUUGGAUCAAAAAUUUUGUUCUGCAAUAGAAUUCAUUUUCUUGUGUUUGCCAGUACAAAA